CGGAAGUACUUAAAUCACUAGGAGAAACAUCGCGUGCUGUGGUCUGUCCUCAUUGACUCUAAUUACACCGGGUUGCACAUCGCUACUCCAGAAUGUGGUAUCUUUUUACGGCUCUUCUCAUCGGCAGUGCAUCUGCUCGAAACAUCAAUCCAAAUGUACAAAAAUCGGAAGUUUGUUGCGCCGAUUUGGGAUGCUUCGCUAACGAGGGCCCGUUCUGGAGCUUACUCAACCGGCCAAUUAGCACAACCCCAGAUUGUGAUCUGAUCUCCUCGAUGAACUUGUUCCUCAACAGCCGUGUCGUUUUACAACCGGCUAUGCAAACAAUAGAUCCGUACCAGCUGCGCAGCAUUACCGAGUCGGACUUCCGCACUGACCGGGAUACAAAGAUUUUGAUCCACGGAUUCACUGAUCACUAUGACUGGCCUUGGUGGAGGGACAUGGUCGAUAGUCUGCUGGGCGAAGGCGAUUUCAACAUUGUCCGCUUGGACUGGACAAGCGGUAACUGGCCGCCGUAUACAACAGCAACUGGCAACACAAGAGUUGUCGGCGCAUAUCUGGCAAAGUUCAUUUUGAUACUGCAACGUGAACUUCAAUAUGAUCCCUCUCGAAUCCACAUUAUCGGGCACAGUUUGGGAGCCCACAUUGCCGGCUACGCUGGAGAGCGUGUUAACAAAGUCGGAAGAAUCUCCGGCAUUGAUCCUGCAGGCCCAUACUUCACUAGCAUGGAUCCUGUUGUGCGCUUGGAUCCAACUGAUGCCCAAGUAGUGGACACUUUGAUCACUGACGGAGAGUCACUUUUAAGUCUUGGCUUCGGUUCUCCACAAGCGAUGGGACACCUCAACUUUUAUGUCAAUGGCGGAAUUCAACAACCUGGCUGCAGUUCGCUGUUGUCUCUUGGCUCCAUCUUCCAGGGACCAACGUCUUUCAACACAAGUUCCUUUGACUGGUCAGCCACCGGUGUCCAGACCUUUUAUCAAACAGUGGGAUGCAACCACUGGCGAGCGUUGUCCGUUUAUACCGAAAGCAUUCCCAGUUCAAAGUGUACCUUGAAAGCAUUCUUAUGUGGCUCUCACGAACAGUUUUUGAAUUCGCAAUGCUUUUCGUCGAUUGAUGGGCAAUGGUCUUAUGCCGGAUAUCACGCAAACAUUGGACUAGCCGCACCAAAUGUGGUUAAGUCAUUUCAGACGGUCACCAGUGAGAGACCACCAUUUUGUUUAAGCAGUUAUAUGCUGAGCAUAAAACUGCAGCCAAAAACGUCCGCAAACAACGCAAGAGAGGAAUCGGGUGUAAUUUCUGCGACAUUUUAUGGAACGUCCUCGACUUCGAAAAAGAUUGCCUUAUCAGAAGAUAACAUCGAUCUGAAACCGGGCGCGGUGUUAAAUUUCCUUGUCCAUCUGCCAAAAUCACUUGGAAGAGUGCAAACUGUUGUUCUCAAUUGGGAAUCGGGAUUCAGCAUUCUGCCUACUGAAUGGUUCCGCACAAAGUAUCUUUACGUUGAUGGAAAUCCGACAGUGCACGACCAAAACGGAUUAGCCACAACACUGCUGCCAAGCAGAGCCCAGAUCGAGGAACAAAAAGACUGGGCUGCUUAUGCUCCAACUGGUACCAUGACGCUUACUGUCGCGUUGUUAGCGGUCACCUGCGCUCUGGCCAUCGGGGUUGCCAUUGCGACACCCGUGCAAUUUCAACGAUCGCCAUCGUCCAGGCUGUCGUUACCUAAACUGCCUAAGCUGCUGAAAAGUCAAGAAGCCUGCUGCGGCGAUUUGGGAUGUUUUAAUUCUGGAGGCGCGUUUUUCGACCUGCUAAACAGACCAAUCAACUCUGUGCCAAAUUGCAAGCUGACAGAGAAGCUGAAAUUGUUCCUGAACACGCGAACCAAUCCUGUGACGACACAACUGAUUGACGCUUACGACACAGACACUAUUGCCAACUCCAACUUCAACCCCAACCACAAAACCAUCAUUAUUAUCCACGGAUUUCUCGAUAACUAUCAGUGGCCCUGGUGGAGAGAAACAGUCAAAGAAAUUUUGUUUGAUGGAGACUACAAUGUCAUCCGUUUGGAUUGGUCACACGGCAAUACCCUUCCGUACCUGCAAGCUUCCGCUAAUGUGCGAUUGGUUGGGGUAUUUGUUGCCCGAUUCCUUAUUCAUCUUAAUGAGCAGUAUGGAGUCGAUCCGGCUAACAUGCAUGUCGUUGGUCACAGUUUGGGAGCCCAUGGUGCCGGUUACGUUGGUGAAGCGAUGAAAAAGCGGGCAAAUUUGACGCUGGGUCAUAUUACCGGCUUGGACCCCGCUGGUCCGUACUUCACCAACUUAGCCACCGAAGUGCGUCUGGACCCUACGGAUGCCGACUUUGUUGACACGAUUGUUACGGAUGGAGAAACCAUUUUCGAUAUUGCGUUUGGCUCCCCUCAAGCAAUGGGGCACGUUAAUUUUUAUCCCAAUGGCGGACUCAAUCAGCCGGGUUGCGAGAGCGGGCUUUUGGCGACUAUCUGGCACGGUCCAACAAUGAACAGCACAUCUUUCGAUUUCCUGGGAACUGUGGCCGCAACUGCUUUUGAGAGCGUUGCAUGCAACCAUGCCCGAGCCCCAGUUUUGUUUUAUGAAAGUAUUAACAACAAACCAUGCUCAAUGAAGUCGUUCGAGUGCUCCAACUAUGAAAAGUUUUUGCAAGGAGAAUGCUUCCAAUGUGCCGGACAGAAGUGUGCCACUUUAGGAUGGCAUGUGGAUAAAUCCUUGGCACAACGUUUUCGCACCAAGAAGUAUUACACGAUGACGACGGAAAAGUCACCUUUCUGCACAUUCCCACAUAAAAUUACGUUUACCUUGCAAGAGAAAAACAACGAAAACGAUGCAAAAACGAAACUGGGCCAUGUUUAUGUGACAUUGAUUGGUACACUGGCCACAAGUGAGAAACGCAGGCUGACCGCUGAUCUGACCGAACUCAUCCCAGGCCAAACCUACACAUACUUUUUUGAAACUCGCAAAGAACUGGGGAAAGUUCAGUCCAUAAUUUUUUACUGGGAAAACAAAUCCAACCUGCUGAAUCCUUUGGACUGGAUUCGCACGCAUUACAUUCAUCUGGAGGGAAACCUUAUUUUGACCGAAGUGAAUGAGAAUGUUUCGAUCUUCCUGCCGUCUCGCAGCAAGGUUGAAGAGGAGAAAGACCUCCACGCCCCAUUAAUCAACUCUUCAUUCUGAAGAGGUUGAGCAACGCAACACUGUAAAAAAUCGGACGGAAAUGCUUAUUUUCUAUCAUCUACGCUUUGUUUUUUAAUUGUGUCAUAUUAGAUUUUCUGGAAUGAAAUGAAAUAGAGAACUGAAAAUACGCUAUUUGUUUUCUAGAUUAAUGCCUGUCUCGAAUUCGAAACCGAAAGUGUGGAAGGUGCAGUACUGUUUCCGCAAACGUAAUAAAUAUUCCACAAUA